AUGAGCAAAAAUGUGCAAAUAAUCGGUUCGUCGCAGAUGGCUCAGCCGAUUCAACCCGUCAAGGAGCUCUGGUUUGUCGACGUCCAAGCCAUGUUUCAGGUGAAUUUGUGAGAAUUAACGAACAAGUGUCUAGUUUGGCUGAAAACUGCGUGAGCCUGAACACUGAUGAGAAUUGCGAGAGAGAUUUUCAGCCUAUACCCCCUUCGGAAUGGGUUAAGGGACCCUUUCAGUGCACACGGACACAAUUUCAUGUCAAUCUAACAAAACACGUGUAAACUUUUGCAGAACUAUGCGAAUCUUCGCUCGUUUGCGAAAACCGAAGCGCAAACGACAAUCGGAGGACUCGUGUUUGGACGGAAAUCCCGAAAACAGGUACGGAUAAUGCGGGCAAAUUUGGGAAACGUUUGGAGAAAUGCGCUUUGCAGGUCGUCCACGUCUUUUUCGCCUACGCCGAAGACCUGACCGACUCGAAUUUGCAGUUUUUGGAAAGCUCUCUGUCGGCUGGUACGGUUUCAUUUGUUCCUUGAAAAUCAGAAUGAGAUUGAUGUGAGACGAAAAGGCGCCGUAUUGUAAGAAGUCUUGUAUUAGCAUUAGAUGAUGUUGCAGACAUCGAACUGGUGGGAAACGUGAAUAUUGACGGCCAGUCGCAUCUGAUCGGCGACGCCCUUCUCACCCUCCAAUUGACGUCGCAAAUGCUCGAAAAUCGGAGCAUCAGCGACUUUCUGGACCUGAAUCCGAUGAUGAACAACGAGCACGUGCUCAUGGAGGGCAUGAGCCUCGUCAGCAAGGUCAGCACACCCUUUUUCUGGUCAAAUUAUUGUGGAAAAAUGAACCUUAGUCUACCUCGGAUGUGAUCGAAAUUGAAAAAAAUAAGAAAGAAAUAAAUUCAGGUAGGCUUCGAUUGGUCGCUGCGUGCGGGCCGCGAACAAGAAGACGUCAAGUCGGCGUCGGAACGUCUCUCGAUGGCCUCCUUCCGUUUUUCGUACAUUAAUCAAGAGCACGGACUGGUGAUCAGAGAGCAAAAACCGGAAGCAGCCACCCAAAAGUAUAUGGAUCAAUUCUCCAAAGGCGCCGUCCCUUAUAAGGUGAGACAAAACAGUUUAUUGAACAAAUAUUAAUGUUUAGGAUGUAAUGGAGUUUACCGGACUGCAAUCGCUCACUCGUGACACCUCCAACGACACGGAGGACCAGAAACUUGUGCCGACGGUCAAAGUGACCAGAGGUACUUUUUUGCAAUUUUGUAUACAAACCAGGGCUCGGCAAUUGACCGGCCCUUGUUCCAAUUGAACCCAAACUUUGCAGGCUUCUUGAACUUGGAUCCAGACCGAUCGGAUCAUCUGGUCCCGAAAUAUACUGGCUUGGCGUAGCUUCUGCAAAAAUUGUAGCCUUAUCGGCCUCCGAUCCAUAUAUCUCGGGACCAGAUGAUCCGAGUGGUCUGAACCUUGGUCCCAUGAUACUUCAAUCCAAUUCCAAGCCUCGAAAAGCCUUUAAGCCUGGGCCAGGAGACUUUGGAAGCAUGAAUCCCACCACUUUAAACUUUGUAGUGAAACUUGCAGACAACAAGCACUUCUCCCGCCUGACCCUCUUCGUCGACGUCGUUUUCCCGGCGUUCUUCGGCGAUUCGUCGCUCGAUUUGUACAAAAGAGCUCGUUUGGCACUCAACCGACGCGCCGCCAACGCCAUGAUGGUCAUUGUGAACGGAAUUCGCGCCGGGGUACGCUUCUUUGCGUGCGAUUCUCCGAGAGUUUUCAACUGUUCUUGCAGCGCGGGCUUCACACGACCACCUCUGCCACGUAUCUGCCGCAGGGAUGGGCCUCUCUUCUCCACAUCCAACUUCCGAUGGGAUGGACUGAAAAUGAACAGAGUUUGUACUUUUUUUUUGUUGUUGAAACAUUUUCUGUUUCACAGAGAUCAUUUCUAAUGGCCAAGUGAACAAAUGUCAUUUUUGCUAAUUGAGAAAGGAAUUCGUUUUUUGCAGGAAACUACCGUCUACGCCUGCACAAACUGUUCAACUUGCCCUCCUCGAAACCGGUGCUCCGUCUCAGCCAAUCACUGCCUCUUUUCUCGGAUAGCCUGAAGCUUAUCAACAAGAAAUUGAUCCGAGAACCACAUUUGGCCAUCACCAAUUGUGAGCUUUUGUUUUCCAGAUGUUUUUUUUCUUCCCUGAACAUUGUCUAUUUGCUCAGACCAACCGGUGGGAGAAGUGACGACUGUGAGCGGGGCGUACAACUACCAUCACUACAUGCAGGACGGAAUCGACGACAACGGCUGGGGAUGCGCCUACCGAAGCUUCCAGACCAUCUGGAGUUGGUUCAUUCUCAACGGGUACACCGAUCGGCCCGUUCCGACGCAUCGACAGAUCCAGGAGGUUUGUGCCCUUUUCCAAAUGUUAAUGUCUCAGAAAUUAUCGAAAAACCUUGCUAGUUUAUUGAUGAUGGCGAAUAGAAAUAGUGUUUUUGUGCUCUAGUGUUUUUUCGCAUCGCUCUUCGAAGCCUUCUUGAAGUAGUUGGAUAAAAGUUAGAUAAAAAUGGAUUUCCAGACGCUCGUGCGCAUCGGAGACAAGGAACAGAAGUUCAUCGGCUCGAGACAAUGGAUCGGAAGCACCGAAAUCAGUUUUGUUCUCAAUGAGUUGCUCCGUAAGCGUUCGCCUUUUUUUUUUUGAAAGAAAACGCUUUGUUUCCAGAACUCGAAUGCCGCUUCAUCGCCACGAAUUCGGGUGCGGAAGUGGUGGAGCGAGUGCGGGAACUGGCGCGGCACUUUGAAACGGCCGGAACGCCCGUCAUGAUCGGAGGGAACAUGCUCGCGCACACCAUUCUAGGCGUCGAUUUCAACGAUAACACCGGAGAGGCCAAGUGAGCAGUUUUCUCAUUCAUCACGAAGAAAACAUUCUGCAGAUUCCUGAUCCUGGACCCGCAUUACACCGGCUCGGAAGACAUCAAAACGAUCGUUUCGAAAGGAUGGUGCGCGUGGAAACCGGCCAGUUUCUGGAGCAUCGACCACUUUUACAACAUGGUCCUGCCGCAACCGCCCAGUGACGCCAUCUAG